CCCGCCUCCAGCUCUUCUUGUCCCGUCCGUGAAGCUGCAGCCCCGCACUCCCUCCAGAGAGCUGCCGUCCAGGAUAGGACCGCUGCACUUUACAAGAAUGUAAAAACUAAACCACCUCGAUAAAAAGUUAUUUUCAUGGAAAGAAAGAUUCCAAGUACAGGACCAUGGGAUAUGGGCAAAUCCUCCACCGGCUGGGUAAAGAGGAAGACCAAGUCCACCUUAAUGUGGGAGGGGUUCGACACAAAGUGGAUCCAGACAUGCUGCUCCGCUUCCCUCACACACGCCUGGCUCGACUGCUGCGAUGCCAAAGCGAGGCGGCGAUCCUUGAGCUUUGUGACGACUACAGCCUGUCUGAGAAGGAGUACUACUUCGACAGGAAUCCCCGGGUUUUUCUCUGCGUGCUUAACUUCUACCACACGGGAUGCAUCCAUAUGAUGGAGGAGGUGUGCGUCUUCUCCUUCAGCCAGGAGAUUGAGUACUGGGGAAUCCAGGAGCUCCACCUGAGCCCCUGCUGUAGCAGGAGGAAGGAGUACAUCGACGACAGAGAGUGGGACGUCAGGAGUGACGACCAGCAGCCGCCAAGCUUAGACUCCUCCUUUGAGGAGCUCUCUGCUCUUGAUAAAGACCUGGCCAAGUUCAAAGGCACCUGGUGUGCAGAAGUGAGGAGCUACCUUUGGCUCAGGCUGGAGGAUCCAGGUCACUCAAGAGGUUCAAAGAUCAUGGCCGUGGCCUCCCUCAGCUUGGUGUUGACCUCUAUCGUUGCCAUGUGUGUCCACAGCAUGCCUGAGUUUCAGUGGGUGGACGACAACGAUAAACCCAUCGAGGACCCUGGCCUCGCCAUCCUGGAGGAAAUCUGCAUUGCCUGCUUCUCCGCGGAGUUCAUCAUCAGGAUGAUUGUCGCGCCUUCCCUCAGGAAAUUCCUCCAAAACCCCUUAAACAUCAUUGAUGUCGCUUCAAUUUUGCCAUUUUACUUCACAUUAGCUCUGGAGACAGCUGAUGAGGAGGCCGCGGAGGAGAACGAGGACUUAGAAAACAUGGGGAAAGUGGUGCAGGUUCUGCGCCUCAUGAGGAUUCUCCGAAUCCUCAAACUGGCCCGCCACUCCAUUGGACUGCGAGCGCUAGGUGCUACCAUCCGUCACAGCUACAACGAGGUGGGCCUGCUCCUUCUCUUCCUCUCAGUGGGGAUCUCCAUCUUUUCCGCCCUCAUCUACUUUGCAGAAAAGGAAGAGGAGAACACUGAUUUGGGGACCAUCCCUUCAGGCUGGUGGUGGGCCACAAUCACCAUGACCACAGUUGGUUAUGGUGACACCUGCCCGGUAACGCUGGCAGGGAAGAUAGUGGCCACGUUGUGUAUUGUCUGUGGACUGUUAGUGGUUGCUCUGCCUGUCACCAUCAUCUUCAAUAAGUUUUCAAAGUAUUAUCAAGGAAACAAAGCCCUGGAGGGACAGUGUAUUACUAAGCCUCAAAGACAAGACCCAGAGCUCCCUUACUAUAACAUCAGGGACCUGUUUACAGGAAGUGUGUAUCCCUUUCUAGGAGGUAUCGCCUACAGGAACAGUGUUAGCAGCGCAGGGGACGAUACAGAUGCCUCCAGUCUCAAGGAUAUAGAAGUGUAUGACGACACUUGUGAAAAUCGGGCAGCAAAAAAUGAGAUUCCUUUAUGACUGCAAGUCACUCUGUGCCUCUCAGGGCUGAGCGCUCCAUCACUGCCCCUGCCCCUCUGCACUGUCUUCCUCCUGCAAUUUAACAGAGAAAUAUCGUGGCCAUGAUUUCUUUUUUUUAUUUAACUUUUUUCUCCAAGGGAAUUACUUGUGAAAUAUACAUCGCUACAACCAGGAAAUCUCAAGGGAAUUAGCUGAGGCUUGCUCAGAGGUUUGAAAGCCCAUUUUCUGUCUGAGAAAACUGCAAUGAUGCAUGUAGAAGGCCAUAAUGUUAAUGUUUUUUUUUUUCAAAGUAAUGCCCUGUAUUGAUUUGUCUGCUCGCUGAAAGUUCAGACUGAGAGAAAUUGGCAAAAGCAGAGACUGACAACAACCCUGUUUGAAAAUGGUAUUAUAAAUCCAGUUGACUGAUGUUACACAGUCUGCAUGAACAAAAAUAAAUGCAUUUCAAAAGACA